UGCGGCAGUGGCACUGUCAGGUGAGUUCGCUGCAAGUCAGUGAGUAGAGCGUCACUAACGCAGGAAAUUUAUGAGUUCGUCAAGAAUUCACGUUUUGGGAUCUUUGGGUGAAUUUCAACGACACCCCAACACUUUUUCAAAGCGAGAGCUCCUGCUCGUCCUCCAGAAUGUUCUCUUUGAGGAAGGUAUCUUAUAGGUAGCAAUCAAUCACUGUGGACUGUGACGUGGAGAUGGUCACUUGGGCCGCCUUGCUGACAGUAUGCAUAUGGAUACAGACACACAUCGCCUCAGGGCAGCACCCAUGUCCUGCUCCUCAGAGGCCGGUGGAUUUCACUGUAAAAUAUUCCCUCCCCCACUUCCAGUCAGACAGGCCCAUACAGAACAUAGUGGUGCAGACGGAUUCGCAGCAGCCAGAGGUGUAUGUUGGAUGCCAGAAUGUAAUAGAGGCAGUCAACUAUACUAUGCAAAAAAUAUGGGAAGUGAGAACUGGACCUGUUGGCAGCCCAGAAUGUCAAACCUGUCAGGUGUGUGACAUAGAAACAGAUCCUGGGGAUCCAGUGGAUACAGACAAUGAGGUUCUGCUUUUGGAUCCUGCUGGACUUCCCUAUUUGUACUUGUACAUCUGUGGGAGUACUCAGCAUGGGAUCUGUUACUCCAUUGACGUUUCCCUUCCCCUGCCUGAGCCUCAGUGUCUGUACAAAAAAGAGCAAAACUCUCCAUCCAACUGUCCUGACUGUCUGGCCAGCCCACUUGGCACCACAGUCACCAUUGUUGAACAGGCAGCCACGUCCUAUUUCUUUGUAGCAGCCUCUGUCAAUGACGAAGUGGCACAGAGGUAUCCCAGGAGGUCCAUAUCAGUGAUGAGGCCACUUUCAACUGAAGAUGGCUUUCAUAUGGUCAUGAACGGCCUGACAGUGCUCCCCAGUUUCCGGGACUCUUACCGGGUUAAUUACAUCUACAGCUUCUCUACCAAGGAGUAUGUUUACUUUCUGUCCCUGCAAAGAGAAAAUCCCUCAAGGAAGAAUUCAGCUUUUCAGACUCGUCUGGGACGACUGCCCAUAUUAAUUCCUGAGGUGUGGAUGUACAGAGAGGUGGUCCUGGAGUGUCGGUAUGAACCAAAACGCAGGAGACGGAGUGAGGGUUACAAGGACAUUGUGUAUAACGGGCUACAAGCAGCCCACUUUGGUCGAGCGGGGAAGGACUUGGCCGAAGAGCUGGGGGUGGACGGGAAAGAAGAUAUUCUGUACGGGGUGUUUGCAGAGGUGAAUGAGCACGGUGAACCUCAGAAAAACUCAGCCCUGUGUGCUUUCCCUUUGACUAAAGUAAACCUUGCGAUUGACAAGGGCGUGGAGGCCUGCUGCAAGUCAGGUACAGAGCAGCUGUCCAGAGGUCUGUGCCACUUCCAGCCAUGCGAGAGCUGCCCACAUGAAAGCUCUGAAGGUAAUGACACAUGUAGUGACAUGCCCACUCUGGUGUCAAAGCCAUACUACAGAGUAGACCUCUUCAACAGGCGGAUGAGAGAUGUCCUGUUCACUUCUGUCCUGGUCACCACUCUCGGGAAUUGCACGCUGGGCCAUUUUGGUACCUCAGAUGGCAGGAUACUGCAGGUGGUUCUUACCACGUACAGGACUUUGGUUUUUGCCAACUAUUCUCUGGGAGAGGCCGCAAUAUCCCGGACAGCAACUGUGUACUCAGAGGAUUUACUUCUCUUUGUUGCUGGAAAUCAGAUGUUCAGGGUGCCCACUGCAGGACCAGGGUGUACUCAUUUUAUGACAUGCUCUGCGUGUUUGACGGCUCCACGCUUCAUGAACUGUGGCUGGUGUUCAGGAAUCUGCUCGCGGCAGCAUGAAUGUACCUCGCAGUGGAACAAAGACUCUUGUGCACCUGUCAUAACAGAGUUUUUCCCAAAGAUGGCACCUGCUGGUGGGGAGACAGAGGUGACAUUAUGCGGAAGGGACUUUCAGUCCGGUCUACGACCUGCCAUCAUCAGCGGCAAAACCCACAUCAUCACAGUGGGCUCUGGGACUUUGUGUACUAUCCUGCCUGAAAAGAGCGAGAGUGAAUUGCUAGUAUGCAGGAUUCACGACCAAACACCAAACCAGAACCUUAACAUCACUCUGGAAGUGCACGAGGGUGAAGUGGAAGGUCGCUACUCAAUCGAAGGCAUAGCUCAGAAGUCUGGCUUCUCUUUUGUGGAGCCGAGCAUAACAGAAAUCAGACCUGACUACGGGCCCUUGUUUGGAGGAACAGAGGUUACACUGACAGGCAGGUAUCUUAGUUCUGGGAUACAGAGAGAUGUCUUCUUUGGAAACAACAAGUGUAACAUUCAAAGUGCUCAUGAAAGAAGUGGGGCUUUAUCUUCAAUCGUCUGCAACACAACAGCUGCAGCAGGUGUCAGGACAGUACAUGUGAAAGUUGUGAUUGACGGCUCUGAAGUGACCGCCACUAAGAUGUUCUCCUACAAGAAAAACCCUGUUAUAGACUCUGUUUAUCCUCAUUGCAGUUUCAGAUGUGGCUCCAAGCUGGUGAUAGAAGGUCAGAAUCUUGACUCUGCCCACAGAACUGUGGUUCAGUACACUCCCAAUAAUCUCCACGAGCAAUCUGUUCAACAAGUGUGCAAUGGCACAGCAAAUGCCACGCAUAUGGAGUGCUGGACCCCUGCUUUUCAAGAGGAAAUGCCACAGGAAAAGUCUGACACAGGACAGAUUUUUAUUCACAUGGACGGAGGACGUGACCUCUGGAAGAGACGUUUUGACUACCACCCUGACGCAAAAGUCAUUCCCUUUGAAAAUGAUGACAAUGAAUUACCUCUAAAACCAGGAGAUACAGAAGUAUCAUUGCAUCAUAGUAAACUGAAUACAGUGAGCACAUGCAUGAAGAUCACAAUGACCAUCGGUGGUGUGGACUGCAACGUUCAAGUGCUGCUAAAUGAGCUGACGUGCAGGAUUCCUAAAGGCCUGAUCAUUCCCAGCGAGGGAUUGCCCGUCAAGGUGUUUGUGAACGGGGAAGAAAAUGACGUGGGUAAAGUGGUCUAUUACAACAACAAAACUUUGAUUGUGGGCAUUAUACUGGGGAUCCUUGCUGCACUUGCAGCGGGUGCUGGCCUGGCAUUACUCGUGAUGAUCCAUAUAAGGAAGAAAAAGAGAGCUGAAGUAGAGAAUCGUUUAUCAACAAUGCUUUCACGGAACCGCAUUGGCAGCAACUCUGAUUUCUCGCCGACAGGGGACUACAGGCGAGUAGAUCUGUCCAGUCAAACAUCAGGAUCAGGAGGAAUGGCAUUCCAAGGUUUAUUAUAUGCUGCCAGCUAUGAUCAUCUGUCCAUCCCUUUAGUGCCACUGGACAAUAACUCCAUGAGUUCUGAUCUCCUUGAAGAAGUCAAAGAUGUGCUGAUCCCUGCUGACAUGCUCAGAAUUGAGGAUAGCCAGAUAAUUGGCAAAGGCCACUUUGGGACAGUUUACCAUGGAUACCUGAUAGACAGCAAUAAGCAAGAGACCCACUGCGCUGUAAAAUCGUUGAACAGGAUCACAGAUUUGAGGGAGGUGGACCAGUUCCUUAGAGAAGGCAUCAUCAUGAAAGGUUUCCACCACCCUAACAUACUGUCUCUGCUGGGCAUCAUGCUACCUAAAGAAGGGCUCCCUCUGGUGGUACUACCAUACAUGAAGCACGGGGAUGUGCGUCAUUUCAUCCGUUCUGAGAAAAGGAACCCAACAGUGAAAGACCUGAUCGGGUUUGGGCUUCAGGUUGCCAAGGGGAUGGAGUAUUUAGCCCAGAAAAAAUUUGUCCACAGAGACCUGGCUGCACGUAACUGCAUGCUGGAUGAAACCUUCACGGUGAAGGUGGCUGAUUUUGGCAUGGCAAGGGACAUCUAUGACAAGGAAUACUACAGCGUUCAAGAUCACAAGCGGGCAAAGCUGCCAGUGAAGUGGAUGGCCAUUGAAAGCCUGCAAACACAGAAGUUCACCACCAAGUCUGAUGUGUGGUCGUAUGGCAUCUUAAUGUGGGAGCUGUUGACCAGAGGUGCCAGUCCAUAUCCAGAUGUGGACCCCUAUGAUAUCACAAACUACUUGUUGAAGGGACGUCGGCUUCCACAGCCACAGUUUUGCCCUGAUACACUGUAUUCAAUCAUGCUGACAUGUUGGGACCCAGAGCCUGAGCGCAGACCUAGCUUCCACAGUCUGGUUACAGACAUCCAACACAUCCUGUUCUGUCUGGAAGGAGAGCACUACAUCAGUCUGAAGGUUACCUACGUCAACUUAGACCAGCCAAGGCCUUACCCCUCCCUCAGCGGAUCUGCGGAUGAGGCUGAGGCCUCAGACUUGGACACGGACUGUCAUGCUGCCAGCUGAGUGUCUCAGAGCCCUAAGACUCUGACAGGAGCAGGAUCCGGAGCAUAGAGGAUGAGGGACAGCUCACCUCUUCACAUAGUUGGUUGAUCAUGUCCACAAACCUGAGGAUUUGAGAGAAGGUUUGGCCAGUGAUUUAAGACACUUUAGGUUCUACAAACUCUUACUGGAGCUGAGACAAAAUCACGCUGGAAGUUCGUCAUUCUUUUUCGUAGCAAAAUAGAGACAACGUGUAGUUGGAAGUAAAUGUUUUUAUGCUUUUCCUAACAUCUAAAGCACAAGUGUGAAUGAGACAAAGUGAAUGUAACAUGUGCUUUUGUUCUCAGAUUUAUAGGAAAGGAUGUCAACGUCCAUGAGGAUAUUUUAUAUAUGCCUCAGUCAGUGUAUUAGAAAGUUAGACCUGGGGUCUAUGAAUGCUGACUUGUGCUCAGGGGUCAAAUUUGUUUUUAUUUGUUUUCUCACAUUUGUUGUGCUAUAUGGGAAUAUAAUAUAUAUCCCCUUCGUAUAGACUUUAGAAGGUAAUGUUAACACAAGGUUAUGUGUGCAUGCGAAAUCAUCACGCUGGAUGCAGCUCCAUUGAUCCUCAAAAAUCUCUGCACCUAACUGAAUUAUACAGUCAGCUCUCUGUGCAACUGUACCUGUCAGUAUCACUAGAGGGCAACCGAUGCCUCCUUCUAUUCUUCAUACUUGAGUUACUGCUGCAGUGGUGCUCUGCACUACAGAGGACAGCUCAACGCAAAGGUGUUACACAAACAAUUUCUCAACUCUAUUUAUCUGCUAAGCAAAUGUGACAAAUUCAGUCUUUCAACCCAAUCAUCACAGCGCAACAUAUGGCAUAUUUUGGGGGCUUUCUAUGUUUCUUGCAUGUGAUUAAAAUGAUCUCCACAGCAAAUUAGACAGUCCAAGGCAUUUAAGAAUGUAUGCACUGAUUUUUUUUUUUUUUUACUUUUUAGACUGACAAUGCAGAAUCGUUUAACCAAAGAAAUGGUUUAUAUUGACCUGCAAUCUUUCUACCAGGGGCAAUGAAUUUGGUUCCCAUAUACUUGAUUUUUGCUGCUGCGUUUCUUUCCCUCCUUUGAAGAUUGAACUGUGCUCUGGGUUGCACUGUAAAGAGUGUUUUUGAACAAAAAGAUAGUUUAUUGCACAUACUUGUCUCUAAAUUGUGUGUAUGUCUCCCCAGACUUGUUUUUUUUCUAAGCACAUCCUGAACAAACAAUAAGAAAAAAUCCUGUUGCAGAUGGUCAAACAAGACAGUUCCACCUAAAAAGUUUUAUUCUUAACUUUUUUUUUUAACCAGUAUUCUGGUUAAAAAAAAUAUGGAGAUAACUAGAGCAAGACGAGGCACAGGAGUUCAUCAUGAAAGUGGAUCAUCAAAGCCACUGGAAAAAAAAAAGCUGAGUUCAAUGACACAUGGUCUGAGGCAGCACGGCUCUUGUUCUGUGCCAGGUGGAAGAGAGGAAAAACACAUACUGUUAGAGGUCUGAAUUAUGUCAGCUCAGCUACAGUGAAAACCGCAUGCUUCUGCCUAAUCUGUGUAUCUAGCAUUUGUAAUAUUCUCUAUGAAUAAUUUAUGGAUCUAAAAAAAGAUUUUUUUUUUUUUUUUUUUUUUAUCCCUUGCCUUCAGGUACUGAAAAAGGUGGCGUUAAUAAUGUCAAGUGCUGGUUGUGUUCAGGUGGGGGUUCGAGAUUUGAAAAUGAUGUGAUGAUUCGAGCUGAAGACUGAACAAAAACCAAAGCAUGUAUGUAUUUUUUUUCUGUCAUGAACAAUGGUCACAUGAGAGAUUUACUUUUAUUUACAGAAGCAAACAUAAAAUGCAAUGUGCCCAAAUGGUUACUGGUCAGUUGAAGUGCUGGUUAUGAUGAAAUACAGAUCUUUUUGAAGAGUA